AGCCACUCGCUGAAGAAAGAGGCGCCAAGCCUAGGGAGGAAGGCUACCGACAAAGCGAUAACAUUCCUGGGCAAGAACUUGUACUUCAGGAAAAAUCGAAGAAACACGGAGAAAAGCUCCUGCCUGAGGAACCGUUCUUUCAAGGUGCCGAUAUGUCUGGAGCCUUUUCCCCUGAUGUACCUGAUCACGUGGUCACAGAGGGGGCCAGACUGCCUGAGCUUAAAGAAGACGAAAAAGAAGUCGGACAAGGGCAUGUGCAGGCCACUUUGGUUUCCAAGAAACCUCGGCAGAGUGUACAAGAAAUGCUCCUGCAAAAUAUGGCCCUGCCUAUUUCUCCUACCAACGAAGAUCUACUAAGCGACAUGUGCAUCCGGGUGUGUCCAGCACCGAAUCCUUCAGGCUCCCAAACAACAUUGAUGGAACAAGGCCAAGAAGUUGCUGGCACAGGGCUCGGGGUUGGACAAGCUUCGGGCGAGGGAAUGCAAGGACAGCAAGGACUGCAGGAACUUGGCGAACCGAAGCCGAAGGAGUCGCUCACAGCGGGUCGUGCAAGAGAACAGCCUGGUCAGGCAUCACCAAAACUGGCAUCCAGUGCAAAAAGUAUAACAGCGGCGUCUUCAAAGCCACAUCGAUCUAAACAUUCCAAGCACAGACACGCUGCGGACAAAAAUCCAGAUCAGCGCCGCAAGCAAGUGCUAUAUAAGCCCUCAGGGGGUUUAGUUCCGGCCAACAUUGACGCACCGCAUACAAGUGUGCCACCAAAGACUGAGAAUCUUCGAGUUGAAGGUGCGGCCGACUCGACCAGUGCAGCUCAAGAACAUAUUCCAGAGCCUAUGGAAGCUCAGCGAAGGAGAGUCGGACAAGCAAACGAAACGCCCUCCAAGAGGUCUUCUAAGUCGAUGGAGUCCGCUAGGAGAGCGUCGACAACCCACAUACUAGCUUCACACGUAGAGGAGAAACCACAAGGGAGAACUGUCAUCGGGACGGAAGUGCCACGUGCAAUUUCCAGUGGUCAAGAAGUGCAUCCGGCAAGAGUUGCUUUGACUGCAAAUGCUAAAGCAGAAAAGGAAGCCAAGCAGAAGCACAAGAACAAGGAGAAAAAGCAGAAGAAGGGGAAGAGUCGAGGCGUUCCUCCGUCUUAGUCCCGCACAUCCCCCGCAGGGCCCCAGUGCGCACUCGAAUCCGCCGAAAAAGGCCCCCACUUUUGUGGCCGUGGUACUCUGAAUGACCCGUGAGGUAGUGGGGUCAAGCAGUAUAAGAUCCCGAGAACAGACCUGAUUCUCUCGUGUGCCAUGCCCAAUGAUCUGAUGCCUCA